GAAACAGAAGAGAAUUCAAUGUUCAGAAUCGCCCUCCAGUUUGUACUGUACUUGUUUCUGUUGGAUGUGGGAGAGAUAUAUGCAAAGCAGGUGCAAUUUGGCGACACCUCAAACUGUCCGUCUGUGUGGCUGCCCGUCCACGGACAAAGUCAAGACAAUGUGCUUUACAAGACCAAACCUAUGUUUGUCCUGGACGACAGAAGUGUUAAAGAAGGCUAUCUUCCUGGAAAGUCAUACUCACUUCAUGUGAACGCCCAGGACAGUGAUCGGAAGUUCUCGGACGUAUUGGUCUGGGUAGAAGGAAGUGGGCUUCAAGGUUGUAGCACAGGCAGUUUUGAUACAAACCCAACUUACUACCAUCAGCCGGAAAACUGCUCUCAUUUGGUCAGCCGAAACUCCAAGUUUCCAGGGCACUCUUUCCUUUUCACUUGGACAGCACCACUGUGUGGUUGCGUUACCAUUAGGGCGCGAGUGUCCACGGCUGAUACAGGUUCGUAUGUACUGGACGACAAGUCUACAAAGGAUGGAUACCUGACGUCACAAAUCUGUCCAAAGGAUGUCCAUCCGAUGUUGUCCACUCUCUCUGUUAAGGAGAAGGAAGACCUUCUGUGUCGAGUAGUCGGUGACGUCACUGGGUCUGACGUAGCAACCAGACAGGAUGUUCUGAGCAGGCGUAAAAUGGAGUACAAUGCAAUGUCGCAACUCCAGAAAGAGGCUUGGGAAAUUGCUCUCGGUCAAAGGGUCUACAACACUAAGAAAUGCUGUGGUCUGACGGGAAGUGAGAGGAGCGAAUGUCUUGGGGAUGACCGCCGACAUCGUGUUGACAGGUUUUGUGCAUAUGGAGAAUCUGUCAUUCCCUUCACGAUAAAAAGGCGUGGUUUUAUGGAAAAACGACGUGAACAAUGUUGCUGGAAACUAGGUGAACGUCGCUACCAUUGUUUUGCGUACGUUCCAACCCAACAAGCUAAGAACGUCAACAGCCUGUGGAAUGUGAAACGCGUCCAAGAAAUGGACGAGUCUGAUCCAAUCAACGACUUGGAAGACUAUGCACCAGAGGUCCUUAAGGAGCUAUCAAAACUACCUGCAUUCAUGAACACAUAUGCUGACAGUGCAACAAUACAAGUAAAUCUCAAUAAAGAGGAACAGCGUCAAAACGACUUUAAGUCUUCAAAAGAGACCAAACCUGUGUCCUCUAAAAUAACAACCACCAUGUUAACUACAACUGCAACAACUAAAGCACGUGUUGUCCAGACAACCAUUGUGACGCCGACAACUGUCUCUGUGACAACUACAGCAAUAGAAGAAAGCAAGAAAACAACAUACACAAGUGAAGAUUUGCAAAGGAAGAUGAGAAAACUCAAGCUUCGUCUUGACUGUUGUGAGACUGGACGACAGACAGCGGAGGAUGUAGAUGACGACCCCUGGGGCAGAUGUACCACUGGCUCCUAUAAAUACACCAGGAAAAUGAGGGGCGGAAGGCGCAUGUGCCGCACUUACUUCCUGAAAUGCUGCAUCGAGGAAUUUGAAAGUGAGGAGAAAAAUUCCGGCGACUACAAAGAUGAAGAGGACGAUGAUGUUGAUGAUGACGACACUUCAAUAGUGAAAUCUGAAGAAAGUGGCGAUUACAGCGACACCAAUGAGGACGAUGAUGACGCUGAUUUCAAAACAACUAAAUCUGUGAAGCGAAUAAAUCGACGAAAAUUAAAUCGUAGAAAAAGUAAAUUGAGGAGAGGACGACGAGGGCGAAAACGAGGCUCCAUAAAACGCAAGAGAGGCUGAAAACAACCUCACCAUCAAUUCCACUGCUUUUGUGUAGUAAAUUGUACAUAUAGUCAUUUUUUUUUAAAAUAGGUAGUUCUACCUCUAAAGGAAUACAUGUAGUUGUGCCUGAUCUAUAUAGAGUUUGUAUAUCCUUCUAAAGGAAUACUUAUGUCUGACCAGUGUAGUGUAGUGAUGUCUGACAUGUGUAGUUUGUAUGUGAUGUGUGUUGUAGGUCUAACCUUGCAGUUGUAAACUGUAAUGCUAUUUCUGGUCCACUCUUUGCAUCUUGUUUUGUGCCAUUUAUGCAGAGAGAGAAAGUGCUUUUCAUGUUCAUUUAAAAUUUUUCUGAGAUUUUUUUUUACCUGAAAGACUCUUCAGACUUUGAAUUAUUAUAGGUGCUAGAUUGUGUGGCAUAUGCGUUUUGUGUUCAUUCUCCAUGAGAAU